AUGGGAGAAUCCAACCGGCGCGACCAGGACGGCUUGGCGAACAAUGCCAAGGGCGGCUCACGCCAGGCUGAGGGAAUCUUUGACUCGGAUCAGUCGAUGCGCAGCGAUGCCACGCUCAUCCAGUCACUGCACAAGUCGUUUGACGAUUCAACGAGCACCGUCGUCGCUGCAGAGGAGGCCGGCUCGUCGUUUGUCGGCGUCGAGCCAUAUCGCCAGCCCGCCAGCGAAGCCAUUCUCUGCGGUUCACCCGGCCAGGCAGGCUAUAGCAUCGCCGUCGGCACAGCGUCCUAUGAGCUCUACCAGCCUACGCCACGCCCCGGAACCAGCUUCUCUCAAAACACCGACGACCACUUCCAAAACGUCCACCUCGCCCCCCACUCGCCAGCCCUUUCCGACACCACCUUCCGCGAAGUCACCUCGUCCGCUCUCGGACACAGCACAUACCCGCUCACGCAACUCACAAGGGGAACCGGUCCCAAGAUGGAUACGCCAAGGAGCGCAGCCGCGCAGAGCGGCUUCAACACCUCGAGCACCGCGACGCUGGCGUCAGCCGACGGUGCACACAACGGUGGCCGGAAGAAGGACUGGAGAUUCUGGAUGAUCUUUGGUUCGCUGAUGGUCGUCUGCAUCCUCACAGCACUCGACAUGACUAUGAUCUCGACGGCGCUACCUGGCAUCGUACGCGACCUGCCCGUCUCCGACAUUUCCGGGACGUGGAUCACUUCGUCCUACCUCUUGACGAUGACGGCCUCACAGCCCGCCUUUGGCGGUCUGUCCUGCGUCGCUGGCCGGCGCUGGAGCAUCACCCUCGCCGUCUUGAUCUUCCUCGCCGGCAGCGUCGGCUGCGCGCUGGCGCCGAGCAUGUUCGGGCUGGCCGUCGCACGGGGCCUUCAGGGCCUCGGGGGCGGCGGCAUCCAGGCUCUCUGCGAGAUCAUCGCGUCGGACCUGACGACGCUCAAAGAGCGUGGCUUCUUCGUCGGUCUCGUCGGCCUCGUCUUUGCCGUCGCUUCGUUCGUCGCGCCCGUCCUGGGCGGCAUCUUCAGCUCCUCGAACUGGAGGUGGAUCUUUUGGAUUAACCUCCCGAUUGGCUUUGUCUCGCUGCUCAUGAUUGUCCCCUUCAUGAAGCUAACGACGCCCAAGAUGACGAUGCGCGAAAAGUUCGAGCGGAUGGACCUCUUUGGCAACACGAUCCUGUUUGGCUCCGUCGUUGGCAUCCUCGUCGGCACCACCGACGGCGGCAUCACGCGUCCCUGGAGCGACUGGGAAGUCUGGCUGCCGCUCGCGCUGGGAGUUGUUGGCUUCUUCGUCUUCCUGGCCGUCGAGUUCAUCCCGAACCCGUUGUGCCGCGCGCCCAUCCUGCCGCUCAGGCUCUUCAGCAACAGGACGGCGGCCUCUGCGUUCUUCCAGACCUUUGUCCACGGCAUCGUCACCUAUGGCGCCAUCUACAUCCUGCCCAUCUUCUUCCAGGCGAUCAAGGACGACAGCCCGCUGCGCUCGGCCAUCAACACCUUCCCGGCGACGGCGCCGGGAGCUCCCUUUGCCAUCAUCGCCGGCAUCGCCAUGGCGGUGACGGGCAAGUACAAGAGCAGCCUCUUCAUCGGCUGGGCCAUCAUCUGCAUCGGCGGGGGCUGGCUGACCCGGUACCAGGUCGACACGCCCACAUGGGAGCUCUACGCUUCCGAGUGCCUUGCUGGCGUCGGCGUGGGAACGCUGUUCGCCAUCACCCUGCCGCCGAUCCAGGCUUCCCUGCCCGACUCGGAGCUCGAGCUUGCCACGGCAACGUACGCCUUUUGCCGCAGCUUCGGCUCCAUCUGGGGCAUCGCCGUCGCCACCACCAUCUUUACGUCGUCGGUGGCCAGGAACCUCGAGAAAGUCCCCGAGGCGGCUCAAUUCGGCCUGACGGGACGCACCGCGCUCGGCUUCGUCGAGGAGAUUAAGCACCUUCCAGAGCCCAUCCGAGAGCCCAUCCGCCGCAUCUUUGCCGACGGCCUGCAGGACGCCAUGUGGCUCUUCCUGCCCCUCGGCCUGAUCGGCUUCAUCUCGUGCUUCUUUAUCGAGGAGCUGCCGCUGCCCGACUUCAUCCGCUCCCAGAUCGACAUCGAGGAGACCAAGCCGGCCAAGGACAAGGCCGGUCGGCAUGCCGGCGACGAAAACCUUUCGAUCGUCGAGAUGGGCUUCGAUUCGACCAGCCCCACGCUUCGGCACAAGCCCAGCACGCUCGACGACGGCCCAGUCUCGCCAGGUUGGUGCCAGACCAGGGAAAAGGAGCCCCGGUCGACGGCAAACGACGCAUACCCGUACCCGGGCCAGUCCGACUUGCAGGGCUGCUCGUCGUUCGUCGCGGCGCACGCCGUCCGAUUCGCCGACACCUAUGACUCAGAGGGACCCACGGUGGCACAUUCCGACGUCGACGAAGACAGCAAGACGUCGCGAGGCUCGUUCGACGACGCCUACCGCAAGUAG